GUGCAUCGGGGACCAGAGUGUCUGUGGGAGGGGUCUGUGAGGAACCCAAGCAUCCGGUGGGGAAGGGCGGCGGUGUAUGGCAUCCGGCUGUGGGGGCACGGGCUGGGUCUGUAGGGGAGCCAGGCUCUGAGGAGCAGGUGUCCAUGGCGGGCUGGGUGCUGUGCAUGACCCUGGUGCUGGUGGCACUGGCGGGGGCGGCGGGCGAGACCCGCUACGAGAAGUUCCUGCGGCAGCACGUGGACAACCCGCGGACGUCCACGCUGGCGGCGCAUCGCUACUGCGAGACCAUGCUGGCGCGGCGGCGCGUGACGGCGCCGGGCAGGCCCUGCAAGCCCUCCAACACCUUCGUGCACGCCCCGGCCGCCGAGCUGGUGGCCGCCUGCUCCCAGGCGCCCGACCCCGCCACGGGGUUCCACAGCACGCCGGGCGCCCUGAGCCUCACGGCCUGCCGCCUGCGCGGCGGGGACACGCGGCCGCCCUGCGCCUACCGCGCCCGCCAGGCGCAGCAGCACGUGCGCGUGGCCUGCCGCGACGGGCUGCCCGUGCACCUGGCGGGCACCUACACGGUGUGAGGCUGGCAGCGAGCCUGGCACGGCGCUCCCCUGGGCCCCCGGCGCGGAGCCUGCCUCCCCUCGGGGGCUCUGUUGGUGCUGGCAAUAAAGGAGGUGUCAGAGG